CCAUAAGACGCACCUAGUACAGGAGAUGACCAGGACUGCGGGCACAGUACAGGGGAUGACCAGAGACUGCGGACACAGUACAGGAGAUGACCAGAGACUGCGGACACAGUACAGGAGAGAUGACCAGAGACUGCGGACACAGUACAGGAGAUGACCAGAGACUGCGGACACAGUACAGGGGAUGACCAGAGACUGCGGACACAGUACAGGAGAUGACCAGAGACUGCGGACACAGUACAGGGGAUGACCAGAGACUGCGGACACAGUACAGGAG